AUGUAUUCCUUCAAGGCGACAUCCGUUGCCCUGCUGUCGCUCCUCGCCACGGCCUAUGGCCAGACCUUCACCUCAUGCAAUCCCUUGGAGAAGACGGAUUGCCCACCCAACACCGCGCUCGGGGUCGCCAAUUACACCAUCGAUUUCACCCAGAACACCAUGUCUGAGAAAGUAUGGAACGUCACCGCUAGACCGAUCAAUUACGGAGACGAUGGCGCGGAAUUCACGAUCGCUCAACAAGGCCAAUCACCCACAGUCCAGAGCAACUUCUUCAUCUUCUUCGGCCAAGUCGAGAUCAUCAUGAAGCCAGCAGCAGGGCAGGGUAUUGUCAGCUCGAUGGUCUUGCAGUCAAUGGAUCUGGAUGAGGUGGACUGGGAAUUCAUUGGAGGGAACAAUUCAUACGUCGAAACAAACUUCUUCAGCAAGGGCAACCAGACAGAUUACGGCAACGCCAUCUGGUAUCCUAUCGAGGAUCCUCAAAACACAUGGCACAACUAUACACUGGACUGGUCACCCGAAAAGCUGGACUGGAUCAUUGACGGAAACAUCAUCCGCACGUUGAAAUACGAGGACGCCAACAAUGGUCUCAAAUUCCCCCAGACUCCCUGCGACGUCAGGCUCGGUAUCUGGGCCGGUGGUGACCCGAAACAGCCGCAGGGCACAAUCGACUGGGCUGGUGGUGAGACAAACUACGACGACGUCCCCUUCACCAUGGCCGUCAAGUCCGUCCGUGUCUCAGAUGCUAGCCGAGGAACUCAAUACGUGUAUGGUGAUACCUCGGGCAGCUGGCAGAGCAUCAAGAUCCUCAACGAGACUAAACCCAUUUCCCUCGACGGCAACAACUCCGCCUCAUCCUCCCAGACGGUCUCCCAGAAAUGGAACGGCCUCCCUCAGACCACAAAGUACAUCAUCAUCGGCGUUGUCUGCGGCGUCAUCGGCCUUGCGAUCUUGGUCUUUGCAUUCUGCUGCGUGCGCCAACGCCGCGCAGGCAAGCACGAGAGACUCAUUGAAGAUGCCAAGUAUGAGAAGAUGCAAGGCGAGGUGAUGGCCUAUAGAGCAGACAUGAACCGAAUGAGGAACGAGCAGAAAAUGAUGGGUGCCAGUGUCGAGCAUUUCAGCCCGGUGAGCCCGAUGAUGGGGAAUGUGGGCGCGGGUUUCCAGGGUCAGGGGAGUCCCAUGAUGGGAGGAGGUAGGAAUCCGAACCAGAUGGGGUAUGGGUAUCCCAGUGGAAGGGGAUAUCAGAAGUACUGA